AUGGCUACUAUAACCGAAGUCAAUGGUAAAACUAAGUCUGGUGUUUCUGCUAAAGCUGGUGUAUUUGCCAAAGUUCCGGCUGUUGCACACCCAACGGCCCAAGAAGCAGCCGAGGUUGCAUCCAACAUUAGUUACCAUGCGCAAUAUAGUCCUCAUUUUUCUCCUUUCAAGUUUGAGCCAGAGCAAGCAUUCUAUGCGACAGCAGAGAGUGUUCGUGAUCAUCUGAUACAAAAAUGGAAUGAGACCUAUCUUCAUUUUCACAAAUCAGAUCCAAAGCAAACAUACUAUUUAUCCAUGGAAUAUCUCCAAGGAAGAGCAUUAACUAAUGCAAUUGGAAACCUGGACAUUCAAGAUGCAUAUACAGACAUGAAGCUUGGGAUUUUGGUUUGGUUUAUUCAUUGUUUAACUUAUUUUAGUCUUAACUGUAUCAAGUUAUUGAUUAUUUCAGAAAUAUUUUUUUUGCAGGAGAAAGAUGCAGCCCUUGGAAAUGGGGGUCUGGGAAGGCUUGCUUCGUGCUUUCUUGAUUCUAUGGCAACAUUAAAUUUGCCUGCAUGGGGGUAUGGUUUGAGGUACAGAUAUGGGCUGUUCAAGCAGCAGUUUGGCAAGGAGGGCCAAGAAGAAAUUGCAGAAGACUGGCUUGAGAAGUUUAGCCCUUGGGAAGUUGUCAGACAUGACAUUGUGUUCCCUGUCAGAUUUUUUGGUCAAGUUGAAGUACAUCCCUCAGGAUCGCGGAAAUGGGUUGGUGGGGAGAUUGUACAAGCUCUAGCAUAUGAUGUGCCUAUUCCAGGAUACAAAACCAAGAACACUAUUAAUCUUCGUCUGUGGGAAGCCAAAGCUGGUGCUGAAGACUUCAACCUCUUUCAAUUUAAUGAUGGACAGUAUGAAUCGGCUGCACAGCUCCAUUCUAGAGCUCAGCAGAUUUGUGCUGUUCUAUAUCCUGGGGAUGCUACAGAAAAUGGAAAGCUUUUACGAUUGAAGCAACAAUUUUUCCUGUGCAGUGCAUCACUUCAGGACAUGAUUGUCAGAUUUAAGGAGAGAAAAGAUGGAAAGGGCUUGUGGCAGUGGUCUGAAUUUCCCAAUAAGGUUGCGGUACAGCUGAAUGAUACGCAUCCUACUCUUGCAAUUCCAGAGCUAAUGCGAUUACUAGUGGAUGAUGAAGGACUUGGAUGGGAUGAAGCUUGGGAUGUGACAACAAGGACAAUUGCUUAUACAAAUCAUACUGUCCUUCCUGAGGCACUAGAGAAAUGGUCGCAAGCUGUUAUGUGGAAACUUCUUCCUCGCCAUAUGGAAAUCAUUGAAGAAAUCGACAAGAGGUUUAUAGCAAUGAUACGUUCAACAAAACCAGAACUUGAAAGUAAGCUUUCCAGCAUGCGCGUUAUGGAUAACAAUCCCCAAAAACCAGUUGUGCGGAUGGCAAAUUUAUGCGUGGUGUCUUCACAUACGGUGAAUGGUGUUGCCCAGUUGCAUAGUGACAUUUUAAAGUCCGAGUUAUUUGCAGACUAUGUCUCUAUAUGGCCUAAGAAGUUCCAGAAUAAAACCAAUGGUAUUACUCCUCGCAGAUGGCUCCGAUUUUGUAGCCCUGAACUCAGCCACAUCAUCACCAAACGGUUAAAAACUGAUCAAUGGGUGACCAACCUUGACCUACUUGUAGAUCUUCGGAAAAUUGCUGACGAUGCAGACUUCCAAGCUGAGUGGGAAUCAGCCAAGAUGGCUGACAAGCAGCGAUUAGCUCAGUUCAUAUUUCAAGUGACAGGUGUAAGCAUUGACCCAAAUAGCCUCUUUGACAUACAGGUCAAGCGGAUCCAUGAAUAUAAAAGACAGCUACUAAAUAUUCUGGGUGCGGUCUAUAGGUACAAGAAGUUAAAGGAGAUGAGCCCUGAAGAGAGAAAAAAUACUACACCACGCGCCAUCAUGCUUGGAGGAAAAGCAUUUGCGACAUAUACAAAUGCAAAAAGAAUAGUCAAGCUAGUGAAUGAUGUUGGGGCUGUUGUCAACAAUGAUCCCGAGGUCAACAGCUAUUUGAAGGUAAUUUUCGUUCCAAAUUAUAAUGUAUCUGUAGCAGAGAAGCUUAUACCAGGAAGUGAGCUAUCACAACAUAUUAGCACAGCGGGUAUGGAGGCAAGUGGCACAAGCAACAUGAAGUUUGCACUCAAUGGCUGUCUCAUCAUAGGGACAUUAGAUGGGGCUAAUGUGGAAAUAAGGGAGGAAAUUGGGGAGGAGAAUUUCUUUCUCUGUGGUGCAACAGCAGAUGAAGUUCCUCGGCUGCGCGAGGAAAGAGAAAAAGGACUGUUCAAACCAGAUCCUCGGUUUGAAGAGGCCAAGCAAUUCGUAAGAAGUGGAGCAUUUGGCAGCUAUGAUUACAAUCCACUCUUUGAUUCCCUGGAAGGAAAUUCUGGUUAUGGCCGUGGUGAUUUUUUCCUUGUUGGCCAUGACUUCCCAAGCUACAUGGAUGCUCAGGCAAGAGUAGACAAGGCUUACAAGGAUAGAAAAAGAUGGAUAAAGAUGUCUAUAAUGAGCACUGCUGGGAGUGGCAAAUUCAGUAGUGACCGGACAAUUUCUCAGUAUGCAAAAGAAAUUUGGAGCAUAGAGGAGUGCCGUGUACCAUGAACUACAGACCCAACCCCGUCACCACCUAUCUUAUAUUUCUCUCUUAAUUUUUCGCCCUAACUAUGUGCUUAAAACAUAAAGAAAGCUGCAAAAGUUUUAUAAAAAAAAACACAAAACAAAAUCAAAAGAGAUCGAUCUGUGCCAUAUAUCUUCAAUUUACCUUUAGCCAGACAUUAUACAUAUGACAUUAAUAAGGCGUAUUUGCAUGUUGAAUACUUUUUUCUUGAGUCACUUGGGCACUAAUUUUAUUGGGUAUCUUGUUAUUUGCUUAUUCAA